AUGACUACUCGACCGCUGCAAGUGUUAGGCGGGGCGUUAGGCGCGAUGGCGCCGACCGACUCGCUCUUCCAGGGGGCCAACGAGGGACCCGCCCAGACCGCCGCCAAACUCACGGGGGUGCAAUCCAUCGGCCAGCGCGCCGACGAUGCUUCUUACUUCACCAACAACGAAGGCAUUCCCUUCCCCGAUCCUGCUCACAGCAAGACGGCGGGCGGCAUUCCGGUCAUUUCCGAUACCUUUCUUUUACAGAAACAGCAGCACUUCAAUCGUUCCAAGAACUUGGAGCGCAUGGUCCAUCCUUGCGGCAGUGGUGCCUUCGGUUACUUCGAGACAACCAAGGAUGUCUCCUCGCUGACCAAAGCCAACUUUCUCCGAUCGGCUGGUGUCCGAACCCCCGUCUUUGUCCGUUUCUCCACCGUCACCCUCGGCAGAGAGUUCCCCGAUCUCGCUAGGAACCCCCGCGGUUUUGCCAUCAAAUUCUAUACCGGCGAGGGCAACUAUGAUAUUGUGGGAUUGAACUUCCCCGUUUUCUUCUGUCGCGACCCGAUCCAAGGCCCAGAUGUGAUCCGCUCCCAGUAUCGCAACCCGCAGAACUUCCUGUUGGACCACAACUCGCUGUUUGAUCUGCUUGCAAACACGCCAGAGGGGUAUGUCUUCCUCCGACCGCAAAAGGACCCGGCUGACUCUCACCAGUUUAACCAUGCAGGAAUGAUGUUUUUCAGCGACCAUGGGACCCCCGUGGGAUGGAGGAACCAGCACGGCUACGGCUGCCAUACCUUCCGAUGGGUCAAUGCCGAGGGCCGGUUCGUCUACAUCAAAUACCACUUCCUUGCCGACGGCGGCCAGAAACAAUUCACCGCCGACGAGGCCCAGCAGCACAGCGGUAUCGACCCCGACUUUUCCAAGCGCGACCUCUGGAAAGCGAUCGAGAACGGUGAAAAGGUCUCCUGGACGGCUCACGUGCAGGUCAUGCAGCCCGAGGACGCCGAUCCAUCCAAGCUGGGAUUCGAUCCGUUCGAUGUCACCAAAGUGUGGCCCAGAGACAAGUUCCCGAUGAUGGAGUUUGGCAAACUCGUGCUCAAUAAGAACCCGGAGAACUUCCACCGGGACGUCGAACAAGCCGCCUUCUCUCCUGGCAGCAUGGUUCCCGGCAUUGAAGACAGCCCUGACCCACUCCUGCAGUUCCGCAUGUUCUUCUACCGAGACGCCCAGUACCACCGCAUUGGCAUUAACCUUCAUCAAGUCCCAGUGAACUGCCCCUUCAUGACCCAGUCCUACUCCUCGCUCAACUUCGACGGCCAGAUGCGGGUGGACGCCAACCACGGCCUGAAGCCGCAGUACGUGCCGAACAGCUUCGCCCAUAAAUUCCGGCCGGACACGGCCGAGACGCCCUACCAGGUGGCGGACAGCAACGUGGGCCGCAAGUCGCACUUCUACCACGAGGGCAAGGACUCGGAGUACGAGCAGCCGCGCGAGCUGUACCGGCGGGUGAUGGACGAGACGCAGCGCCAGCACCUGCACGACAACAUGGCGCGCCUGCUGCGCGUGGUCGAGUACCCGGAGAUCCAGGCCAAGUACCUGGCGCAGCUGUACCGGGUGGCCCCGGAGUACGCGCAGGGGGUGUAUGAGUUACUGCCGGAGAAGAAGUUUGCGUUCGCGGAGGUGGAGAAGCGGUCGCAGGGGGCGGAGAGCGCGGGCAAGACGGCCAAGUUCAUGCCCAGCGUGGAGACGGAUAAGUUGGUGGGGAUGUGUCCGGCGAUGUCGGUUUACAAUGUUUGA